UGGUUACAAAAACCGAGGUAUUUGACCUUCGCUGAUCAAUAGCUGAAUUACUGUCUUUGGACAAUGAGAAUGACGCUCCGACUCCUGGUUCUUGUGACUCUUCUAGCGUCAGUUACCUGCUUACCUGAUUACUCCUGCCUGACCGUCAAGCCCCCUCAACCUUGUAACCUGCAAAUCAUUUACCCUGAGCCCAUUGGCAUCACUGUGUGCGAUGAUGAGUACACCAUGGGGGCAGACAAUGUGUUUGCAAAUAAACCGACAUUGAAAGCCUAUGUUGCCAAGAAACCGCACAAAGUAGUUCUUUUUGCAAAAUUUGAGGUCUAUGAUUCAUCUAGCUGGGGCGCAAUAUUUAAAAUGGACGACUCAUGUGGUCUUACCUUAGAAUCCGAGAUUUGGGAAUACCAAGCACCCACUGGCCCUCUGUCUGAACGCUACGUCUACUUCCUGUACGAUCUCCAAGGGAAGAAUUUAACCAUGGAAGAUUUCGGGCGCAAGACCUUGUGUGCCGUAGUGAACGAGAAAGGUCUGGGCCAGCCCAUUGCUUGCCGGUGCCAUAAAAGUGAGAGGAGCGGGAGACCAAGGAGAGGGGGGUGGGGCAAACACCCCACCUGGGAGGAAAGGCACGCCGUUGACCUGUCCAGCUUCUCCGGCUGGGGCCGGUCAUACUGAA